UACUUUUAGUAUUUUUCUAAAAUUGCUGGAGAUAUGUUGAGGUUCUUUGUUGUCGUGGGUCUUUUGUUGGCUGUUGGUGCCGUCAGUGCUCUGCCCAAUCCUGACAGUCGCAUUGUUGGUGGCACUGACGCUGAGGUGGGUCAAUUCCCUCAUCAGGUUUCGCUGCAACGUGAAGAUGGCUCUCACACCUGUGGUGGCUCCAUUAUUAGCGACAGAUUUAUUUUGACCGCUGCCCAUUGUGUUGUUGUUGGCAACGGCGUUGAACCCUUCCCUCCCCAAUAUUUCCAAGUACGUGUUGGCAGCAUUCAGCGCAUGGUUGGAGGUUUGUUGCUCAAACUGAAGCGUAUCAUUGUCAACAAGACCUAUGGUAAUUUCCUCAAUGAUGUUGCCCUCCUGGAACUGGAAACUCCAUUGACAUUCACCGAUUACAUCAAACCCAUCGAAAUGGCCGAUGAAGAGGUACCAACAGGCUCUGAAGUCAUUAUUUCCGGUUGGGGUCGUUUGUAUACCGGCGGUCCGAUUCCACAACGCCUGCAAUGGAACACCGUUAAGGCUUUGACAACAGAUGAGUGUGGCACGGCCAUAGGAAUGGGCUAUGACAGCCUUAUCUGCUUGGCUCAUCCUGCCAAUAAUGGUGCUUGCAAUGGUGAUUCCGGCGGUCCAGCCACCUAUAAUGGUAAGCUGGUUGGUGUUGCCGGUUUUGUUGUGGACGGUUGUGGUUCCAGCAAUCCUGAUGGUUAUGCCAAGGUGGCUCAUCACAAGGAAUGGAUUUUGGAAAAUAUGACUCCUUAAAUAAAUGUUCUGGUUUUGAAAAUUCAAAUCAAAUAACAAAAAUUUA